AUGCCGCUCCCUUCUUCCUCCUCCUCCGCCGCCGCCGUCGCGGCCGGGCCGGCGGCGUCCCCGCUCGCCGCCCGAAGCCGGGACCGCCUCCUCCGCGCGCGCUCGGGCCACGCCGCCGUGGUGAGGUGCCAGAGGGUCGAUCCUGUGAGGCUGAGGGCGGUCAAUGGAUCACCCCCCUGCGUUCCGCUGUCCGACAGGUCGCCGUGGACCCCUGCGACGAUGCCGAUCUUCGGGGACGCAAACAUCAGGAAGGACGACACCAGGCUGCGCAUCUUCUCAGGAACGGCAAAUCCCUCGCUCGCCCAGGAAAUAGCAAGCUACAUGGGUCUAGAACUUGGGAAGAUCAACAUAAAAAGGUUUGCUGAUGGCGAAAUAUAUGUUCAGUUACAAGAAAGUGUAAGGGGCUGCGAUGUGUUCCUUGUGCAACCAUCAUGCCCUCCAGCAAACGAGAAUCUCAUGGAGCUACUCAUCAUGAUUGAUGCAUGUAGAAGAGCAUCUGCUAAGAAUAUUACUGCAGUCAUCCCUUAUUUCGGUUAUGCCAGGGCUGACAGGAAGUCUCAAGGUCGUGAAUCUAUAGCUGCAAAACUUGUAGCUAAUAUGAUUACUGAAGCUGGUGCAAACCGUGUCCUUGUUUGUGAUCUUCAUUCAAGUCAGGCCAUGGGAUAUUUUGACAUCCCAGUAGAUCAUGUUUAUGGCCAGCCGGUGAUUCUUGAUUACCUCGCCAGCAAGACAAUUAGUUCAAAUGACCUGGUGGUGGUGUCGCCCGAUGUUGGAGGUGUUGCAAGGGCACGCGCUUUUGCCAAAAAGCUAUCAGAUGCACCUCUAGCGAUUGUAGAUAAAAGAAGGCAUGGACACAACGUUGCUGAGGUAAUGAAUCUUAUUGGAGAUGUUAGAGGAAAAGUGGCUGUUAUGAUGGAUGAUAUGAUUGAUACGGCAGGAACUAUUGCCAAAGGAGCUGAGCUGCUGCAUCAAGAAGGAGCAAGAGAAGUAUAUGCAUGUUGUACACAUGCUGUUUUUAGCCCACCAGCCAUCGAAAGAUUAUCAAGUGGUUUGUUUCAAGAAGUAAUCAUCACGAACACUAUCCCUUUGAAGGAGGAGAAGAAUUUCCCGCAGCUGACCAUCCUUUCAGUCGCGAACCUUCUAGGCGAGACUAUCUGGCGUGUUCAUGACGAUUGCUCGGUUGGCCAUGCGCCAUACUCCACCUUGGAUAUCGACUGA